AUGAGAUCGGUGAACAUGGAGUCCAAAGCAAUCAAGAGUCAAUGCUUUCUAACGUUUGGUCUUUCAUUCAACUUGAUCCUGACUUUAGGGUCACUUGGAUUCACGUGCUAUUCAUUGCAUCGAUUAGAUUCUCGUGUGACAACAGUUGAACAGAAUGUUUUACUAACAAAUCCCUCUGAUCAGCUUCUCAGUCGAGUGACUGUUGAACCAACUUCUGCCGAACCACAUCCAGGUGGCUCACGAAUUAAAGAGACUGUCCGCGAUAAAAGAGCUGCGGAUAAAGGAUCCAGUUGCCGCAAAUGUAGACGCGACUGCCCUAAUUCGAGUGGUAAACAGAACUUGACAAUGGAAGGAAGCCAGGAGAAGACAGUUUGUGUGGAGGGACCUCAAGGCCCGCCUGGACCACCAGGAACUCCUGGCUUACCAGGUUCCCAAGGCUCCCCCGGGAAAAAUGGAAAACGGGGACGAAGAGGAACAAAAGGCCCGCCGGGUCCCCAAGGAAAACGGGGUGUCCGAGGUUUGCCUGGACCCCCUGGAAAGUCGGCACAACUUAAAACAAAUCGUAACGGAGGAAAUCAGUUAGAAAAACCAUACUUUGUUAAAAAACCUCCCACCUCUGUGAUGGUUAAAGAGAAAGAAACGGUCACGUUGCCUUGUGAAGCGAAUGGCUUUCCUCAACCGGUAAUCACGUGGUAUAAAGAUGAACGCUUAAUAGAAGAAGACAGAAAGCAUUUCGGGAAGAAAGAUCUGAUAUUGAAAGAAAGCCAGUUCAAGGAUCGCGGUUUGUUCACCUGUAAAGCUGAGAAUCUUUUAGGAAUUGCUGAGGUAUCAACUAAUGUCGCUGUUAAAGUGCCUACCAAAUUCGUAACCAGACCAAAGAAAUCUGUGGUCGCUUACAAAACAUGGGACACCGUUCUCAAAUGUGAUAUUUUUGGCCACCCCUCCCCUGUGAUAACGUGGACACGAUCACUGAGACAGCUUCCGAUCAACAGACAUGUCAUUGACGGUAAUCAACUUACGAUUAAGAACACCACCAGCGACGAUGAUGGAGCUUAUGUUUGUCAUGGAAAUAAUCAAUUAGGAAAUGUCAUGGCAGUAAUAUGGAUAUUCGUGAGAGAUGUCGUGAAUCCGUAUAUUGUAUCCAGACCUGCCAAUGAGAUUCAAGUACAAAAACUUGGUGAUACUGUGAGGCUGAACUGUUCUGCUGGUGGCUCACCGCUUCCUAAGAUCAUAUGGCUUAAGGAUGGUCGAAACGUUCAUUCUCUAGUUGUACAUGGCGGCAUUGACUUGACCAAGAGUGAACUCACCAUUAAUCACUUCAAGCCAACAGACGCUGGGAUGUACACAUGUCUAUUUUACAAUGAGAAAAAUGCCACAGCAGAUGCCAAAACAAGUCUGAGUAUGUUUUUUUUCUGUAUUACUGAAGUGGAGUUUUUUGAAUAA